AGUAGGGCUUGUUCCGACAGUUGCUGGAAUUUCAUUAUCACCAAAAUCGCCUAUAAAAACAGAACCUCAUAUCAAAGCACUACAAGUUGCCCAGCAACCAAACACUCCUGUUUCACCUGUGAUAUUAGGUACACCACAGAGGACGCAGUCUACACCAAUCUUAACAAACAGUCCCAAAACACCACAUCGUCAAGUUUUCCAUGUACCGAUAGGUCUUGUGGAGUCACCGACAUGGUCAGGUUCAAGAAAAAGAACCCAUGAAUUCAUUGAAUCAGAUUUUUCAGACAGUGCAAAAAAGAAGAAGGGUGAAAAGGGAGGUAAAGGACUUAGGCAUUUUUCAAUGAAAGUUUGUGAAAAAGUUCAGAAGAAAGGUGUGACAUCUUAUAAUGAAGUAGCCGAUGAAUUAGUUGGAGAAUUUAGUGACCCCACAAGGAUCAUGUCACCCACAGAUCAGGCAUAUGAUCAGAAAAACAUCCGGAGACGAGUUUACGACGCUUUAAAUGUUCUGAUGGCUAUGAACAUUAUUUCAAAAGAAAAAAAAGAAAUUCGGUGGAUUGGCUUGCCAACAAAUUCAGCUCAGGAAUGUGCUAAUUUGGAAUUAGAAAAGAAACAGAAAGAAGACAGAAUAAGACAGAAGACACAACAAUUACAAGAACUCAUUUUACAGCAAAUUGCCUUCAAGAACCUUGUACAAAGGAAUAAAGUUAUGGAGAAGACAAGUACUGGUCCUCCCACACAGAAUUCAGCCAUACAUCUACCGUUUAUAAUUGUAAAUACCAGUAAAAAGACUGUUAUUGACUGCAGCAUCUCAAAUGAUAAGUUUGAAUAUUUAUUUAACUUUGAUAAUACUUUUGAAAUCCAUGAUGAUAUUGAGGUUCUUAAACGUAUGGGUAUGGCUUAUGGUUUGGAAGCUGGAAAAUGUAGUGAAGAUGAUUUGAAAACUGCCAGAACUAUGGUACCCAAAGCUCUGGAACCAUAUGUAUUGGAACUUGCAAACAGGACUCCAACUAGUACAUCGAUUGUUGCUGGACCUAGUGGUAUUAAGACGGGAGUGACUGCCACAGCCUCCUCAUCAAGUCAAGGACACUUACAUGAUUCAGGAAUUGCCAGUAGUCAGGGAUCAGCAUCGCCAUUGGCAACACCUCUUUCACAGCCCAUGAGCACAGAUCAAGAGGUUGCUAUGGUUACAGGUGGAAAUUCACAGGCUUCUCGAGCAUCAAGUUUAGGAUCAUUCUCGGACAUGGCCCCUUCACGGGGAGCUACAGACACUCCAUCUUCAGAGUACAUGGAUUCAGAUGAUUCUUUUGGCAAUGGUGAUUGA